UUAUAACAACUUCAUGUAUCAAUCUGUUCAGCAACUUAGGAAGAAAAAUAUAAUGAUUCUGUUCGGUUGGAUGUUUGCUGUUUCGACAAUGAUUUUACUAUCGGAUUCCAGAGCGGCCACAGCAAUAUCUGAUUCUGACCAAUACGCGGCUACAUUGAUUCCUGAAAAAGUACAGGUUGUUGAUAUCUGGAGGGAUCACAGAGGCCUUGGAUCAUACAAGUUUGAGUAUAACACGGGCCUAGGAAAGGGUGAGUCUUUCAGGGAGGAAGAACGGAACCAAAAUGGGACAGUCCAGGGAAAAUGGGGUUACCUUGACGAUUUUGGAGUGUUGAGAGUAACGGAGUAUCGCGCUGACAGCAUGGGGUUCCACAUUGUUGCUCGGCAUGUUCUUAUAAAGACGGAGACAUUUAUAAAACCACCUCGACCUGCCGUCAACCCUUCCUUUCCUUUUAUUGGCCCACUGCCUCCCUUUAUCCCAAAGUCGUCUCCUGUACAGGAAGAAUGA